GCCUGCCAUCCCCAGAUGUUCUCCAUUCACUGCUUCUCCAUCCUGGACUCUGGGGGCCAUGGCCUUUGACCACUUUGUGGCCAUCUACAACCCCCUGCAGUUUGCAGCUGUCCUGACCAACCCCAGGACAGGUGUCACUGGGCUGGGGCUCAUGGUGAGGAGCAUUAGCCUCUUGCUCCCCUUGCCAAUACUGAAGAAGCUGUCGUUCUGCAGGUCCCAUGUGCUGGCGCACUCCUCCUGUGCCCACCCCAACUUACUCCAGCUGCCCUGUGCAGAUGUUAAGGUGAACAGCAGAUAUGGCUUAUUAGUCGUCCUGGCCACCUUUGGACAAGGCUUGCUGUCUAUCACCGUCUAUGUCAUGAUCAUUUCGACUGUGCUGAGUAUCACAUCCAAGGAAGAGCAUCUCAAGGCCCUGAACAUCUGCGUCUCUCGUAUCUGUGUUGUUUCAGUUUAUUAUAUCCCAAUGAUUGGGUUGUCCAUGGUGUACAGGUUUGGGAAACAUGGUUCUCCUCUGAUUCACAUCCUCAUGGCUAUCAACCCUCUUGUACCCCCUGCGCUUAACCCCAUUAUUUACAGUGUGAAAACCAAACAGACCUGCAGGGGGAUGCACAAACUUCUCGUUCCAAGAAGACACCGAUGUUCAGAUCUCCUCUUCAUUUUGUUGUCCUCCACCAUGGUCCUCGUGACACCUCUCAGCACUGCCUCCAUAGACAAGGUUCUAAAGGCUGUGUGGUCUCAGGCUUCUACAUCCCAGCAGGAUGUAGAAUCCCAGUUAGUCCACCCUGCACAGAUCUGGGAAAGAGGCACCCUCAUCUUCCAUGCCGUGGUGGGCAACACCUACAUCCUCCUCCCACCCCUCUGCAAUCCUGUCUUUUACAGCAUCCAAACAAAGUAG